AUGUUAAGCGGAUUUUCUCGUAGUAUAAUGGGAUAUGGAGCAUUCACAUCAGAUAAUGCAUUCAAGCAGAAAACAGCUGAUACGUUGUUUUCUCUUUGCGACUAUUUUCAGUCUAAAUACGAAAGCAAAGGCGAUGAAUUCUUUGCAGAAGCGAACGAUGACUCUCUCACCUUGUCAAUGAAGGGAAAUCAAUUCCUUCUUAGCCGUCAAUUACCAGGACAUCAGAUUUGGGUCAGCUCACCAGUAUCUGGCUCCCUUAAAUUCGAUUACGAUAACGAAAGGAAUGAUUGGUUUGAUCAUAAGAUCAAAGAUCGUUCCCUUAAGGUUUGUUUAACAGAAGAAUUACAGACUGCUUUCGGUUGCUAA